AGCCCGGCUCGGCCUCCCGCGGGCGGCGGGCCCCGAGCGCAGAGCGGCGGCGGCGGCGGGGCGCUGCCGGAGCCCGCUCCGCCGGGCCAUGGCCAGCACCGGCUCCGCGCCCGGGGGCACCGGCCCGGGCUCGGGCACGGCGCUGCCCACCCGCUUCCAGGAGACGGAGAAGCUGCUGUCGGCGACCGAGGGCCGGGAGGAGAAGGGCCUCCGCGGCUCCAAAUCCUUCACGGCAGCCCUGCCCGGCGAGACGGAGCGCAACGGGCACGGGCUGGGCUACAAGUCGGUGUCGGUCGGGCACCUGGAGGCGCCGCCGCUGUCGCCGUCCCGGCUGAGCCUGGGCAGAGCCUCGUCCACGGCCACCAGCACGGCGGCCCCGGAGCAGGGCCGCCCUCGGGACUACCUGGUGCUCGCCAUCUUCUCGUGCUUCUGCCCCGUCUGGCCCAUCAACAUCGUGGGCCUCGUCUUCUCCAUCAUGUCGAGGAACAGCGGGCAGCAAGGGGACACGGACGGCGCCCGGCGGCUGGGACGCAUGGCCAGGCUGCUCAGCAUCGUCUCCAUCGUGCUGGGGACCAUCAUCAUCGUGCUCUACAUUUCACUCAGCGUCAGAGUUUCCUAGAAGAUGUUUCAGCAUGCAAAUACCUUGAAGAGGAGGAAGACAACUUUCCUUCUGGGGUUUUUACUUUCAGCCUUGCAACAAAACAAAAAAUUGUCACAGUGUAGGUGGGCAGCCCUAGACAGUCUGCUCUGGAGCGCCGUCGGAAGGAACGCAUGCUUCGAUUCACCGCCGCUGGGAGCGAGCCUGGGCGAGGGAUGGGAUAAAAAUCACCCUGAGCAGCAAUGGGAGAGGCCACACGGAGAGGAGAAGGGGAAAUCCACUACCUCAUUCCCCUCCAGCAGAACUCACGGAGCGGGGAGACAACUAAAGUGCAAGAGGAGGAGAGAGUCUCCAGAAGGAAGCUGGUUUUGGAAGGAAAAUACAAGGCGAGAGCGGGACGUUUUUGAGGAGUCCUCCUGAGAAUUUUGGAACAAAGUCACUUGAUUUUUGGGGGGUUGUUGGUUUUUAAAUCGUCAAAAUCUCUGUCUCUACGAAAACAAAACAAAACAAAGCUCAAACUGCCAUCAGGAGCUGAGAGCUGUUCCACGGAGGAGGAGGGAGAGCGGAGCUGCAGCAGGACCACGGCUCUGCUCCGAACGAAACGCAGCUGCCAAAGCUGGAGGAUGUGGUGGGUGCUUUUGUAUUUUUGAUGAAAAAAAAAAAGAAAAAAAAAAGAAAAAAAAAAAAGAGACAAUGACCAUUUGCAUGCCUUUGGGAAUGUUCUCCAUGUCUGUUCCUACAAGCUCUUUUAUCACUUAGGGCAGAUCUCAGAGCUGGCAGAGGAGGAUGUUGCUGCAUGAGAACCCCAGACUCCUCCUCACCCCCAUCCCAUGGUGGGCUUUUUAAAGGAAGGCAAAAUCAGGCGUUCCCUGUGAACCCACACAGCUCUCUGUGCACCCAAAGGGAGGUUAGCACCCCUGGCACUGAGACAAGAGCCUGGUGAUGCCCAGGGCACGGAGAGCCCCUUCUCCCACUCACACCCCGAUGUCGAUCCAGCCCCCAGCACUGCCAGUGCUCAUCCCCCCAACCCUCUGAGGCUUCAGCUUAGGGCCUCCCAGGAGAUUUUCAGGGCCAUGAAGGAGUUUUAGCCUCCUGCUCCUCUCCUUGCACCCCUUACACAGCUCUUCUGCAGCUCUGAAAACCUCUGGCAUCCCCAGAGCUGCCUGGGGUCAGUUCCUCGAGUCGUUGUAUUGUUUUUUAAUGUUUUGUAUUUAAUGCAACAAGAAAACAAGACUCUGCUCCUCCCACUCUGUCUGUAGGUACCACAGGCCCUGCCAGGUCUUCCACAGCACACGGCUCCCUCAGCCCAUCCCUGUGGGACCAAAUCCCCACAUGCUCCAUCCAGCCCCAGCCCUUCUCCUCCCUGCUCUCCCCUCAUUGCUGUGGGGAUUUCCUGGGCUUGGCCCUCUCCCCACCCACCCAGACUAUGCAAAGCUCCAUUGCCUGUUGUUUCAGCCAGGCUUUGUGACUUCUGGCCACGUCCUUUGGCUCCCUGAGUCUCUUUGAUCCAAACUUUGGGGACACACGACCAAGAGCUGCACUGCCCGACCUUUCUGUUGCCUCCAGCUGACAACCUGCGACAUAAAAACAGGGACUGGCUGAGAAAUGUUGUCCUGCAGGGCACUUCUGCUCCCUAACAGCAAUCUCCUGAAAAACACCCCACAUUUAGAGCAAAUUCAGUGCUUCCCAGGGCUUGUCUACAUGGAGAAUCCACUAAAAGAAACCUCACAACGCGGUAACUGCUUGGCACUGACUCCUUCCCUGGGCUGCUGGGUAGGGGUGAAGUGUAAAUCCACGCUGUAGUUACUCUGUAGUAGCUAAUGUGCAAAGCCACGGGCAUCUCUGUGAAAAUUCUCCUGUCACCUUUUUGAUUGCUCCUCUUCCAAGUGGUUUUUUCCUCUAGAUGUUGUUUGAAUCCAGGGGGUGAGAAAGCCAAAUCCCCCAGACACGCUGUCAACGUUUUUCUCUCCUCUAAAAGGGAUGCCAGGGGCUCACAGCAAUAGCACAUCACUACAGCACUUUCUCGGGCUCCAUUCCCAUCCACCCCUUUGCCAGCACUCCAUCACAAACUGCUGGCACCUAAAAUGGACCAAAUCUGCCACUUUUCUUCUGCAAUUUAUCUUUUGUGAGUUCAGCAAACAGGGGCUGCUGAGCAUUGCUGGGUGGGAGCUCCCUCCUCCAUCCUCCAUCCAGGAACUGCAUCUUUUCCUCCUGAGCCCUUCAGAACCCCUCCCUUGGAUGUUCAAACUCAUCUUAUGACUAUUGAAAUCCCAUCAAAUCCCCCAAAUGUUUCCUUCUUUAACUCUUGGACUCAAGAGCUGCUUGCUGGGGGAUACAUGGGGGGAUUUUUGGAGCUACAUAAGGGCAGUGCUGCCUGUCCCUGCAUCUCCUGCCCUUUGCCCUUGGAGCUGCUGGAAUUCAGCUGAUGGGAAGAGCCCAGGAAGCUCCUCCUUGAGCAGGAAGGGUCCUUUUUUCAGGGAAAAGUGCUGGAGGGAGUUAUAGGACUUGAGAGCACUGAGCGUUUAUUAAGUAAGGAUUUAAAUGCUCUUUUAUCAUUAUAUAAAGCCUUUCAUCUAAAGUGCUUCUCUGCAUCCAAAGGAUUUAACCCUGCCACCCCCCAUGAGGUGGGUUCACAUUACUGCUCUAAUUGCAGGGAUGGCAAAUGCUCAGGCACUGAGCAGCUCCCAAACCAACCCCCUUUUCUUCCUCCUCCUUAACAGAACCAUCUAUGAGCACAGAUUUCCUUGGAAUCUGGGGUUUUUUUCAGUGGGAUCUGGACAAACUGUGCCCCACUGUGGCUCCAAAUGGGAUUCCUGCAGGCAGGGGAAGGAGGGGCUUUGUGAGGCAGCUGCAGUGCUCCUUGCCAGGAGAGCUGCCAGGCCAGGCCAGCAGAGCAGUGGAGGUACCAGGACACCCCUGGGUGCAGGAGAAGGCAGAAGAUUUCCCCAAAAACCCCAGGGUGGUGAUUUGUUUGUGCCUCCUGUCUCAUUGGACAGCUUGGGCGAUGCUUCUCCCCUCACUAUUAAGUACAGCAAAAGAGAAGGACUAAGUCACUUGAAUCCUUUUCAUUCUAAAAUCUUCCUGAAGAGAUACAAUUGUACCCUUAAACUCAGCUUUUUUUUUUUUUUUUUUUUUCUUCUUAUCCUGCAUUUCACUCCAGAGGAAACCCUCUACAGUUACCCCUGACAAAAUAUUUACUGUGCUUGUAACCUGCCCCUCCAAUGCUGGAGGAAUAAACUCUCCAGGGACACCCACCAAGUCCCUUCUCCCCCAUCAAUUUCUCCACACAUUUUGCAGCCUGUUCUGCAAAGCUUUUGCCACUUUGCUCUCCCCAUCCCCCACGGUUUUAUCCCAGCUCAGCUCCCUCUGUGGCUCUUUUUGGGUGGAAUUUGCUCAUAUUUGUGCAGGAGGAGGCUGCAGAGCCCCCAGCCCUCACCUGAGCAGGGUCACAGUGAGGUUGAUGAUGGCAGAACUUCACCCUGAGGCCACCAGGCUCAGCCACCCCCAGGGAACUCUCCUUAACUCAGCUUUUAGCAGACAGGAGGGCAACCACAAAAGCUGUGCCAUGAGCCCUUUCCUCUCCAGCCCCUCCAAGCAUCCCUGUUCCUUAUUCCAGCUCUUUGCCACCUGCUGCAGCCUCCUCUGAGCACACACAUCAGAAUUCUCCGUGCUUGCAACUAAAACAGGCACAAAAUCCUCAGGCUCUGGCCAACUUCUCCCCCCUGGUGCAGGAAAGGUGAGAGCACGGUGACAAUCCAGCCCUACCUGCCAGGGAAGCUGAGCUGGUGGGAGGAGAGCUCUGAAGGGAUGGAGAAGGUGGGAAAUGCCUCUCAAUGUGAGCUGGAGUGGGAGUUACAAUCGACAGGUCCUGGUGGGAUGGAAAUCCAGGGGAAGGAGCCUCCCAGCAGAGCAUGGGGCUGCUGGCACCUCCCUGGCACUGCUGUCCCUGGCCUUCUUUGCCAGGAUUUGGGGCAGAGCUGGGCUCUGUGGGGUGGCACAGAAGGGCUGCUGGCUGCUGGAUUGAAGCUUUAAGCUGAACCAGCAACAAACUUGGUUUUGUAGCAGCCCCUGGUGGGAUGCAGUGACCCAGGGGCAGGAAAGGUCUGCCUGAGUCAGUGGGGUCACAGCAGCACCAGCAGGGAAAGAAAGGCACCAAAGGGCUUCAAAGUUUGCUGUGUUAGGGAUGGGUUUGCUUUUUCUGGCUGGUGUUUCACCCUGUUCCAGUUCCCUCCUCUGCUCUUUGCUGGUUUUACCACGCUGUCCCCUCAGCAUCCCACCCCCAGAGCUCCCCUGAGUCCCUCAGCUCUUCCCCCUCCCUCUGUCCCUCCUUUCCCCCAGACAGGUCCUGCUGCAAUGAGAUCUCAUCUCUGGGCUCUGCUGGAAGGGGGCAGGGAGGUCUGACCCCCACAUUUCUCCAUGUAGGCUAAAGAGAGCAGAUCCUGCCUUUUCUAGAGAAUGGAAUCUGCAUUUCUGCCCAUUCCGAGCCCAGGGAGAGGCUGCAGAAAGGCACCGCUGGGCUGGCCCCACCCUUGCCCUGUCGCUUUGUGACUCGUCACAGAACAACAGCCAGGGUUGCCCUUUAAAUGAAAUUAUUCAGAUUUAAGCUCGUUUCCCUUUCAGUAUCCAGCCUUUAAUUUUGGCAAAAACCAGUUAGGUUUAGGUUUGGACUGGGCACAAAUCCAGGGGGGUGUGGGGGGCAGAGCAGCCUUUUCAAAGUGGGAAUGUUUGUAAAGCAUUUACACCAGUAGGUAGCAAAACCCCAACCUGUAAAUACACAUCCAGGAUAAGAAACAUCAAAAAGGGAACGUGUGCAGGAUUCACCAAGGCAGCCCUGAUACCACCUGGGAGCCCUUAGGAGGUGCCAGGACUUGAUCCUUGGCAUGGAAGUGCAAGGUCCAUCCCCCCCCGGGAGAGCCACAGCUCACACACAGCAUGAACACAGCAGGAAUUGCAGCUGGGUGCUUCUCUUGGCUGACAAAUGUUUCUUUUUCUGCAGGAUGGUAUGGUAUAUCUUAUAUACUUUCUUUGUAUUUCUUGGCAUGAGAAAAAAAAAAUUAAAAUGUAACAUGCAUGGUCAAA